AUGGAAAGUCAAGUAGCUGUCUCAAAAAGCAUACGCAACAAUAGCAGCUAUCUCUCUUUUGUUCUGGCCGCUGAACCACGCUGGAUACAGGACACUUGGGUCUCCUUUCCUGCCAACGAAAAAUUACUGGGCGUCGCAGAAUACAAAUGGAGCCGAGGAGAAUCACAGCGUGCUUUGAACGAGCUAUGCAUCGUGCGGAAAGCCACAAAGCCAGGUAGCUACGACUGGAUACAAACCAUUCUUCUCGAAAGCGCUAUAUUAUUUUCGUCUGGUGAGUAUGGAAGGGCACGCUCGUUCGCUUCUGAGGUUCUAUAUAAAUGUGAGAGCCAAGUCGAGAGUUAUUCUGUUGCCACCUGUAGGCUCCGUGAUAUCGCGCAUUUUCUACACGGAAAAAUCUUUAUGGCUCAAAGUGAGUGGGCUGAAGCAUACUCGGAGUUUUCUCAAGUUGUCUCUGCCCCCGAAUACAAUACCAGAGCAGAUCAGUUUAUGGUCAUUACAUAUGAGAAAUCAAACAAACCUAAUGGAGAGGACUCACAAUCUGCCUCUACUUCCCAGAAUGAGAGCCAACUAACCCUGUGGAUAUAG